CAUCCCAUCACGCCUUCAUAUCUUGAAAAUGCUCCCAAUCUCAAAACUCUUCUCCGCAAAAAUUUCAUCUUCUUAACAUUUUCAUCUCAACACUCAAACCCUUCUUCUCUGAUCCAUCUUCAAUUUCCUUUCACACCCUUUUCCUCUUCCUCACUAAUCCUAGGUCAGAGUUUUGGGUUUGUCAUUAAAGAUAUUCUGGAAUUGAGAUAAAUCAAGAUGCCGUGGUUUUCCCUUUUCAAGAGUAAUUGUGUUUGCUUGGUGGUGUUUUUUCGCGUGAUUCUGUAAUUUAAUUAGCUGAGGUGAUUAGGCUGUAGAGGAAAUCCUCUAAUCAGUGUUUUUUAUUUUUCAUUAUCAAAACUGCUGUUAAGGUUGAGAAUGUUCAUUGCCAAAGUUGGGUACAUUAAAAUGAGUGUUGGAGUUAUUGCAUACAGUCAAUUGAUGUUGGUUUGCCAGGCUGAAUAUUUUCGUCAGUUGCUUAAGCCUGUUACGUAGUCUAGCUUCAAGUAACAUUGAUUUGGGUUUGGGGAGAGAUUGCCUUGUAUUGAAAUUCUUCAUUAGAAGGCUGUUGGAAAAGACGAAAUUUUAAUUUGUAAAAGUUGCCAUUAUUUGUUAGAUGGAAUUGGAAUUAGCUUAGUACCUGCUGUUUAGUUGUUACAUCCCUGUAGGAGCAUCCAUCCAGCUCUAGUACAAAAUAAUUUCCAGUUGCAUAGGCCAAAUCAGCAUUGCUUGCGCUUAGUUUAGUGAGAGUGACCAGAUAUUUAAUGCAGACUCACGAGUAUUUUCUCUCAGGAAAGGCAGUACAUCCUCUGGCAGAUGAAGCCAUUGGUACUUGUAUGAAUGCUCCACAUGCUUCUGCUUUCGGUACUUACAUGAAUGCUCCACAUGGUUCUGCCUUUGGUACUUAUAUGAAUCUUUCACAUGCUUCUACCUUUGAUGCAGUUUUACCUCCAAGUGCGAGGCAGAUAACACCCUUUGAAAGGUUUAACUUGCAGCCCUCUGAGGUUUGCCCUAAGAAUUUCAUCGUCUUUGAUCAAACAGAUCAACAAAACCGGAUUUUGUUCCAUCCUGCAACGACCUACAAGUUUAACAGUCCUGGCUUCAACAGUCAUGCUACUUGCAAUCAAGAUUUCGAGAAGGAUAAAAUUAAUCAAAUGGAAACGGAAUUGUCAUCUUCUUUUGUAGAGGACUCUAAGGACAUUGAUGCAUUGUUGAGCCUAGACUCGGAUGAACUAGAAGACUAUGAUGAAGAAGAAGUCAGCACUGCAAGGACUCAUGAAAAAGAUGAUAGUACGUCUGAUACUUGCUCCAGUUACUGCACGAAAUCAAGGAAGAAGAGGUUGUUAUCAUCCGCACAUAACUCGUCAGGGACAAAGGGUUACUGCAUCAGUGAAAAGAAACAACACCUAGAGAUGAAGAGGAUGGUGAAAAUAUUGAGAAAUAUCGUGCCUGGUGGAGGCAACCAAAUGGAUACCGUUACCGUUUUGGACGAAGCUGUAAAAUACCUCAAGUCUCUCAAGGUUGAAGUCGAGCAAUUCGGAGUUGGACCGUGAAAAUGUCGGACGAUACAUAUAUGUUGCUGCUGCAGUUGGAACUCUAUCGUUGCCGACUACUUUCCGGCCCUGCGCACCUUCCUCGUAACCGUUGGAGGGAAGAUGCCUUGCAAAUUAAUAAUGACUGACAUUUUACUUAUUCUGGUCAUGUAAGAGAAUUCUGAAAUAAUUGUACUUCUAGCUAGUGAUUUUUUACUUAUGCUUGUUUAUUUACUUUCUGUAUGAAUUGUGGGGAUUGACUGAAGGCUCUUUCUGAAAAUAAUGUCUAUUAUGCAUGUUGCUAUGCCAUGUAUGUAAUGUACUAUCAAUUUAUUGGACUGAUAAUUUCUCCCAUGUGGUUUCAUA